GAAAAGUUAAACUGAGAACGUAAAUGUAUGGGGCAUGCUUAUCUUUAUUUCACAUAGGCCUACUUGCCUUGAGAACGACUAGUGAGAUGGUCAUGCUGCCUUUUUACUGAACGGAUACAUUUGAGAACGACUGAAUUGUGACCUCUCGGCAAGGAUCCGAAAGCAAGGAAGUAUGGAGGUUGAUAGCGAUGGCAGGAGCAGCGGCAGCUCCCUCUGGACCAGUUAAGAGCUGUGGCGUUUUCUAGUUAACUCCGUUUUUAUUUCUCAGUAGCAAUGUAUCCCAUUUAGACUUAUUAAACAGAUAAAAUCUAAACUAACUGUUUAAUUAUCCGGAAAAAGUCGUAACGGAGCAGUAAAUCCACUAUUAUCGAGUCAAGAGUGUGUAAAAAUGUCCCGGAACUUUCUACAUCUCAGUCGCCUGACGGACAGUUCACAGCGCUGCACGGGGAAACGUGCACGGACGACAUUGAGGGCUUCUGAGGGGAGAAAUGAUGUAUAAAAGAUUAUUACAAAUUUAUCAAGUCCGAAAUGGAUUACCUUCCACAAAAUGUAAAGAGAACGACAUUUAUGCUCCUGUUUUCUGGAUCACCGGUAAAGCAAGUCGGAGGCCAAUAGGAACAAGUAGCAUCUAUUUGAGUGAAGAUAAAGAGACCUCCACACCCCUGUCAGAAGAGAAUGAGGCUAAAUCAGAGGUUAGCAAAGAUGGGCAGAGGAACACAGAAAUUGAUAUGGGGGACACCGACAUUUCAAAAGUGGCAUUGGCAUCACAGUCAGAGACUGAAGCAGUGGCUAAACCCGAGGACAGUAAAGGAUCUGAGAAGACAAUAACAGGGAAGCAAAGUCUUCUGGAGCUGCUUGGAGCUAUGAAGGUGGAGGUCACAACCAAACGUAAAUUAGGAUCCCCAAAGUUUCCAAGAAAUAUCGAGAGGCCAGAGCCAAUGUCCAUGGAAAGCACACACAGCAUGUUUCAGCAUGCCUCAUCUGAGGGUUCAAAACAGCACGUGACAUUGAAUCCAGCACUGGCUGCUGCAGCCUCAGCAGCUGCAUCCACACUGCCCAACAGCCAUCAAGCUGAGUCAGAGCUCCUUCAACAGUUGAGAAAAUAUGAAGCCAUACCUGACACCCAGAGGAGAACAGAGGGACAGAACAUAGGAAACAUAAUUGCUGAUAUGAAAGUUGGAAAAAGGCAGAAUGGCAGAACAAAUGCCAGGCCUACCAGUCAGAUUCGCUUUGAUGAUGAUGGCCAGGGAUAUAUUAGAGACGGCGGCAUUACCAUUAAACUUGAUGCAGUCUAUAAAAGGAGUCCUUUCACUGGUAAGAGGCUGAACAUCUUCACAGCAGGUGUAGAGCAAGAUGCAGUGUCAGAUCUGGGCCCCACCCUUUGGGACAUUGAUCUAGCCAAUCAGAUUGUCCAGUCAACAAAUCAAAUGCCUCGGAAUGGCUUUGAGGAGAUGAUCCAGUGGACCAAAGAGGGCAAGCUUUGGCAAUAUCCAAUCAACAAUGAGGCUGGCUUGGAGGAAGAGACAAAUAUACCCUUUCAUGAACACGUGUUUCUGGAGAAGUACCUUGAGGACUCAUUCCCCCGGCAGGGCCCAGUCAGGCAAUUCAUGGAACUUGUUAUUACUGGCCUUUCAAAGAAUCACCACCUCAAAGUUCAACAGAAAAGGGAGCAUAUUGCCUGGUUCAGAGACUACUUCCAGCAGAAAGACAAAGUUCUUAAAGAGGCAGAGGCAUAACUUUAACCUGUAAAAUGCAAGAAAAGUGAUGCUUCACCUUAAUUUAAUUCCCUUGUUUAAAACCAUCUGAUAAAAAUCUUAAUUUGCUGUCAUGAAACAGUGGCAAGAAAUCCAAUUUGGAUUGUAAUUGUUUCUUAAUGGUCAUUUUUUUGUUACAGUAUACAACCUAUGACAAAUUGUAUAAUUCUGGAAUUUAUCCUAUAAAAAGCAG